CCAGCGCAUCAUGCCUUCGCCUUUCUCCGUUAAGCGCGUUAAUCUCGUCUUCUUCCUUCCAUUGAAAUAUCUACAGCUCUGCUUACUCCUCCAUUCUCCGUUACCUCUGCAACUUGAGUGAUAAUUUUAUGUACCAUUUCCAGCCAUCUACUCACCUGCUGAAGAUGAUCUACGAAAGUGAGUAAAGCCUGGGCAAUUCGUCAUAGUAUCUCGUUUUUUUUUUUCCCCUUCCAUUCCUCUCAAGGUACAUGUAACUUGGACUAUCAGUAGUUUAAAAGCAUGGCUAUUGCGAAGAAUUCCCGGGUUGAAGGGAGGAAAUCAUUGAACUACUACUCGACAGUCUCUGUAGUCGUGUUUGUUGCAUUUUGUUUAAUUGGUAUAUGGAUAGUAAUGUCAUUCAUUGCCCCAAUUCAGAAUUCAGAGUUGCGGGUAGCUGAGACUAUUAAUGAGGUGAGAAAUAUAGUAGGUGACAAUGCCUCCGCGCAAUUUGAAAAUGGUUCAGCUAAUAUAGUAGAUGAAUCAACGAAGGCAGAUCUCGAGGCCAAUAAAUCUGAGAGUGAAAACCAUUUCAAAAACCAGGGGGAACAAAAAGGUAUUGGAGAAUUGUAUGAUAAUAUAGCUGUAGAAAACCGGCUAGAGGAUACUACGAGGGAGAGCUCUAAUGAGAAGAAUGGUUCAGAUAAGGGUUCAAGCACUCACGAUGAAGAGUUAGACAGAAACUUAAAUUCAGAAUCUGUGGAAACAGAAACAAUAGUUGUCCAAACUAUUGAUGAAAAGAAUUUGGACAAAAGUGAUAGUAACAACAAAUUAGGGACAGAGAAAAGUACAGGCAAUAACAAACAUCAAGAUGAGAUUGGUAUUGAGACUGUGGAGAAGAUUAAGAAAAAUAUGUCUUCAAAGGUAGAACAAGCUACUGGAGAGAGUAUCAUGGAAAGUCAUGAUAGUAAUCAAACUUCAAAGGAAGCUUUUAAUGUUGAUACAGAGUCAGGAAUCUUAAAUAAUGCUACCACAGAAAAUGGAACUUGGUCAACUCAAGCUGUAGAGUUACAACAUGAGAAGGAAACACAGAAGUCUUCAAUUUCUAAUGACAGAAACAAAUAUGACUGGAAACUUUGUAAAACAACUGCAGGACCAGAAUAUAUUCCUUGUCUUGAUAAUUGGCAAGCUAUUAGAAAGCUUCCAAGUAUCAGGCACUAUGAACAUUGGGAGAGGCACUGUCCUGAUGAAGCUCCCACCUGUCUUGUUCCUCUACCUGAGGGCUACAGAAUCCCCAUUAAGUGGCCCAGAGGCAGGGAAAUGAUAUGGUACAAGAAUGCACCGCACACAAAGCUUGCAGAAGUUAAGGGUCAUCAGAAUUGGGUCAAAGUUACCGGGGAAUACCUUAGUUUUCCUGGAGGUGGAACACAGUUUAAACAUGGUGCUCUUCAUUACAUAGAAUUCAUUCAGAAAUCUCUUCCUAAAAUAGCAUGGGGGAAAAGAAGUCGUGUUAUAUUGGACGUUGGGUGUGGGGUAGCCAGCUUUGGAGGCUACUUGUUUGAAAAGGAUGUUCUUACCAUGUCGUUUGCUCCUAAAGAUGUGCAUGAGGCCCAAGUACAGUUUGCACUUGAAAGAGGAAUUCCUGCCAUAUUAGGUGCUAUGGGCACAAAAAGAUUGCCCUUCCCUGGUUCUGUCUUUGAUCUUGUCCACUGUGCACGCUGUAGAGUCCCUUGGCACAUAGAAGGUGGUAGGCUACUGUUGGAGCUUAACCGUGUUUUGCGACCAGGAGGUUACUUUGUGUGGUCUGCUACCCCGGUUUAUCAAAAGAAUCCAGAAGACUCUGGGAUUUGGAAAGAUAUGGGUGAAAUUACGAAGUCAAUGUGCUGGGAUCUCGUGGUCAUUGGAAGGGACAAAUUGAAUGGAGUGGCAGCAGCAAUAUAUAGAAAACCAACUUCCAAUGAAUGUUAUAAUUCCAGAGCCAAAAAUGAGCCUCCCUUGUGCAGUGAGCUUGAUGAUGCAAAUGCAGCUUGGAAUGUAUCGCUAGAGCCUUGUAUGCACAAAGUUCCUAUUGGUGCAUCGGAGCGCGGAUCACUCUGGCCUGUACAUUGGCCAACGAGGUUGGAGAAACCACCUUAUUGGUUGAACUCUCAGGCAGGUGUUUAUGGAAGAGCUGCUCCUGUAGAUUUCACUUCUGACUCUAGGCAUUGGAAAAACGUUCUUUCCCACUCAUAUUUGGAUGGAAUGGGUAUCAACUGGUCUUCAGUAAGAAAUGUCAUGGACAUGAGAGCUGUGUAUGGAGGGUUUGCUGCGGCUCUGAAAAACUUGAAAGUGUGGGUAAUGAAUGUAGUUCCGAUCGACUCUCCAGAUACGCUGGCUAUAAUCUAUGAGCGUGGCUUAUUUGGAAUUUAUCAUGAUUGGUGUGAGUCAUUCAAUACCUACCCUAGAUCUUAUGAUCUUCUCCAUGCUGAUUACCUAUUCUCUAAGACUAAAGAAAGAUGCAAUAUAGUAGCGGUGAUUGCAGAAGCUGAUCGGAUCAUGAGACCUGAAGGUUAUUUGAUCGUAAGGGACAAUGUUGAAAGUACAGGUGAGAUAGAGAGUAUCGUCGAAUCUCUACACUGGGAUAUUCGAUUUAAGUAUUCAAAUGGCAACGAGGGAUUACUCUGUUUUCAGAAGACAUUCUGGCGUCCAACUAAGACAGAAGCCAUUGUGUCAGCCGUUGCUUGAGUAGAAUGCUUUAAUACCCCAAUUUCAAAGGCUGCACGCCUUAUUUAUGUGUUUUUUUUUUUUUAAUUUGCUUAUGUCACCACAUCGAAGAAUGUAACCUGUUCUUUAUUGAUGUAGCUUCUUUUACAGAUUUUAGGCUGUGUUCUCGCAUCCCUUGUGACGUUUACCCUCUUCAUAUAAACCAAAUAAGUGUGACUGCAACAGGAGACUCGAAUUGCUCUUGAAAGUGAGUCUUUUUAAUGAAGUUGCGGGAAUUA